GCCUUGACAGAGACAGGUAAUUCGCCAGGUCCCUGAGAAGCAGACACUUUUUAAAAAGCGCUUAUGGUCGUUAGCCUUGCCGUGUUGUAGCAGUCACACCACCAGCUGACUAGCUGCAGCAGUUGGUGUGGCUGCGGCUGCCAUAGCAACCGCUAAAGAAACACUGACAGGCUAACGGUUGUUUGUUGUGUUAGCCUCAAACAUGACGUCGAGUCGAGUAGAAUAUACAGUUUUGUUACAGAUACCCCGUUAAUAUAACAAACCAAUGCUACGCCCUGGCACCAGUGCUGUCACUGCUUGCUUGCAGCCUUGUUCCUUGAGUUUUCAUCAAGCUGUCGAAAAUGUCAGACUGUUGUAUCGUCUUGCUGUUGAGUUCAGCUAACUUGAUCAACGGUGAUUUCCAUCCCAUGCAGCAAGCUAACGUUAGCUGCCAAGGCCAUAAACUUGGACUACCUCACCGCCACCGUUAUGUGAACGCUGUCUUUCGUUUUCUUGAUCGGAAUUUCAGAUUAAAUGCACACAAACAAAUUAUACAAUAGAUCGCUUUAACUUUGAGCUCAUUUUCUGAAGUUGACAUGAGCUGGUUAGCUUUGUCUGGUUAGGAUUCCGCUUGAACUAGUAUGGAUGUUGAUGACUGUAAUGGCAGAUCCUAUGUUUCAGGCAGUGGAGACUCAUCACUGGAGCGAGAGUUUUCUGGGGCCCUCGGUGGUCCAACUGUAAGCACCCCAAAUAGCAAGGACAACUCUCCAAGUCGCUCUUUAAGUGCCAACUCUAUUAAAGUGGAGCUGUACAGCGAUGAAGACCUAGGACGCGGUAAUGAAGAUGAAAGAACCGAGCGGAUAGAUGACGGAGGUUCAGGGCAGGUACCAGAGUCUGGUGGAGGUUACAGAGAAAACAUCAACCCUGAAACCAUGGAACCUGGAGCCACCAGACUGCCGAAUGGAAAGCUAAAGUGUGACAUUUGUGGGAUGAUCUGCAUUGGGCCUAAUGUUCUCAUGGUGCACAAACGCAGCCAUACAGGGGAACGACCAUUUCAGUGUAACCAGUGUGGCGCCUCAUUCACCCAAAAAGGUAACCUGCUUCGCCACAUCAAGCUGCACUCAGGGGAGAAGCCUUUUAAAUGUCCCUUCUGCAGCUAUGCUUGUCGAAGAAGAGAUGCCCUUACCGGCCACUUACGCACUCAUGCAGUGUCCUCUCCAACCAUAGGGAAGCCAUAUAAAUGCAGUUAUUGCGGCCGUAGUUACAAACAACAGAGCACUCUGGAGGAACACCAGGAGCGUUGCCAUGGCUACUUACAGGGUCUGGAGUCACAACCAACAAACUGUGCACACAAUCUAGGAGAGGAGAUGAGAGAGCUAGAGUUUGUACCAGACUCUCUUCUGCAACCCUCCUCAGACAAGAUGGCUUUUAUCGAUCGGCUCGCCAACAGCGUCACUAAACGCAAAAGAUCCACACCACAAAAAUUUGUAGGACAGAAGCACAUGCGCCUCAACAUUGCAGAUGCACCUUAUGACCUGACAGCUGGUUUGGAUAAAGGCGAGGACAUGCAAGCUGGGGACCUUGAAGCUCCUCACUUUGCCAGCCUUGGAGGGGAGUACACAGCAGGUAAUGGAGGAGGAUUAUCAGACGCAAUUAGGCCUCUUCAGCUUCCCACCACUCAUCCAUCCUUUUUUAAAGAACUCCGGCCAAGCCACACCUCCCCUUACACCUCCAUUGCUUUGGGCCCACGGUUGGAUUGCACAGGCACCGGACCUGGACUUGGAGCUGUAGUUGUCGGGGGGAGGGAGGCAGCUGAGGGUCAUGAAGACCUUCCUACUGGCCAAAGUCACGCCCCGUCACCUAGCAAUGGUUUCCAGGACUCUACAGACACAGAAAGCAUGCCAGACGAGCCCUGCAACAGCACAGCUCCUGUUCCAACAUUGCCCAGUAACAACGGGCAUCAGCUCCUUCACUCCAGCAAUCACAUCACAAGACCUCCUCCCACCUCACACCACAGGAGUCGGGACAGACACAGCCCCAGCCGAGCCAAAGAUCGGGAGGUGGAAAGAGAAGACAGAGGACACCCAGCCCUUCCGCCUCCUGCCUCGGCUCCAACUUCCAGCUCACCCACAGCACCCUCCUCUACUUCCAGGGAGGCUUUCCGGGUCGUAGAUGCAGAAGGACGGGCUGUGCGGUCGUUCCGCUGCGAGCACUGCCGCGUGCUUUUCUUGGACCAUGUCAUGUUUACCAUCCAUAUGGGCUGCCACGGUUUUCGACAGCCUUUCGAGUGCAACAUCUGCGGCCAUCGCAGCCAGGACAGAUAUGAAUUUUCUUCACACAUUGUCCGUGGAGAGCACAUUAUUGACUAAGGCUAAAAGCUGGCCAACCUCCUCUUUACAUAGAGCCCCCCACCCCCACACACACACACACGCACUCAGACAAGGACCUGGCUCGGUUUGAUCUGCAUGGGAGCUUGAAGGGGUCACUGAUGGCAAGAAGCCUAUCCUGAAUGUUUCAGAUAUGGGGCACGAAAUUGUUAAUAUGGGUUCUGGUUAUUUUGUGAGUGAAUUAAUUAUUUAAAGUACAUUUUCAUUAAAGGUGUUCCAAAGUGUCGAAAGACGAAAUGCAUUCUUUUAUCCACAGAUGUGCCUUGCACCAAAAUUCAGGAUUCAAACUGAAUGCACAAAUUAUUGUAGACAAAUCUUUAUCAGAAGUGACACAAGGACGCCAAUGAUGAAAUCUCUAAAUACAGACAUGCUUCAUUCAAAAUUAUGAGUUCUUUAACAUUCAAUGAUGUAUUAAUCCUGUGCAGUCAGUCUCUUAUUAGAAAAAGUGCAAAUCAAGCUCAAAAACCAGGUCCAUGUUGGCUACAGUCAAAUGAUGGAAGGGGCUCUCCUUAAAUUAGAAAUGCACUUUGGUUUUGACAAGAGGUGAAAUAAAGAUUUCCAUGUUUCUAUGUUUUAGUGUGAGAGAGAGACAGACCCUGAGGGGCUCUUUGUUUUGUUGUAAACGUGGAUAAUGAAGCCCCUUUGUUUUUGUUUGUGUCGAUGCCUUGAGGAAUUUAGUAUGAAUCUGUUUUCUUCUCUGUUUUGUUUGCACUGAUACCUGCCAGAAAUCUGAUUAUAUUAAAUUAUUUUAUAGAAAUACGUUUGUGAUCUGCACAUCUCUGGAAGAAAAAAAAAGUGGAAGAACCCAUGAAAAAGUUCUGCCUCAAGAGGAGCGGGUUUCAGAUAUCACUGCCAGAGUUUAGAGAACUUCCCUUUGAAAAAUAAACUAAGACAUACUCCAACACUAAUAUAUAACAAAUCUAUUUAAAAUCUAUUUAAAAUGCGUUUAAUGUUGGGUCAUUGUUUCGUGCCUUUACCUUGUUCCCCAGACUGGAGCUACUGGACUUCAUGUCUUGAAAAAAAUGUUUGUGGAUGAUUCAAUAAGUUUAACAUGUUACAGAAUAAUUUAAACACUAAAGUUCUCGUUUUUAUUAAUAUGUCUUGCAUUUUAAAUCCUUUGUGGUUUUCAGUAAUUGUUUGUCCGGUUAAGCAGAAUUUGACCUGAUGUUAUCCUGUGAUAAAAGGCUGUUGAGGGUUUUGUUUCUGAUCCAGCUUUGGCCAUUUCAGCAGGAAGUAACUGUGAAUGGAAACGAGGCAUUUAACACCAUGUGAACGUUUUUGUUCUAUGUUAGAAAUUCAGCUUGCUGUUGUAAUGGGUUGAUGGACCUUUAACUGUUAAAGCACAUUUUUUUUUCUCUCUCCAGAAGACAGUUUGGACCUUGAUGAGCCAAAAACAGACUUGAUGCACAUAAACAGGAUUUAAAACAUUUUUCUUAAUAUUUAAAGUUAGAAAAUAGCUAAUAAGUCACAAAACGAUCUGCCGACUCAAGCCCCUCAACUUUUUUUUUUGGUUCUGGAUUUCCCCUUUGUUAAUCCAAGUUGUUUUAUUUUAUUUCCCAGCUAUAAAGUAUGUUGCUUUUCCUAACACAAACUAAAUUGAACCAGCCCAGCCACUUCCGGCUCUAAAUGAAUAUUAGUGGUUGUACUAGUGUUGUGAACAGUUUCCGUUUGGUCUUACUGAACCCAGUUGUUAAUUGAUUCUUGCAGUUUUAACAGUUGUUUAGAUAUGCAGAAGUUCUGAAGAAAAAUGUUUGAAAAAUAAUUGUUGCUUAUUUGGUUUGUGUGGUUCAGUGUGGCACCAAAUUAUUUCCUCAUUGCUGGGCCAAAGAACCACUUGUCUGCUACUGUAAAGCACUUUCCUUGGUAAAGGUGGCGAGAGGAAAAUUCAGAUAUUUGUACAUUUGGAAAAAAAAGAGCUGUUUAUUGCUGUUAUUAAAAGCUUUUGGACAUUAUAA